AUGGAGCCAAUUGAAAAUGAAAAUAUUAAUAAGGAUCCAGUGGAGAUGGAUCAAGUAUUAUCUCAUACAAAUUCCAUUGAAACAUUAACUUCUUCAACAACAACAACAACCACUACAACAUCUACUUCAACCAUGUCGCCCUCAUCACUUAUAAAUAAUGACUAUUUAGAAAAAAUAAAUGUAAAGUUUUCCGAAACUUUAGAUUACGAUUACCCAACUAAAGACUCCAAUGAAGGAGAUAAAUAUAAAGAUGACCAGCCAUCAUACGAUGAUGAUAACGCCAAAAAUCAUGGUUAUAGUUUUAUUAAACAAUUUAAAGCAUUAAUUAAGAAAAAUAUUGCAUAUCAAGCAUUAGUACCAGUUUUAAUGAUUAGUAUUAUGUCUAUUGUACAGUUAGCCACACCAUCUAUUAAAUAUCAAGACAAUUCAAAUCCUAUUAGUUUACCUUUGCCUUUUAUUUUCCCACCAUUAAUUAAUUAUUCCGUACCAUAUAUAUAUGAUAGUACAGAUGUAAAAGUAGAUCUAGGAUCCUGCUGCCAAAAUAAUUCUGGUUUCUUAGAGUUAUUCACAACUAAAAAUCAAAUUUCACCAACUCCUUAUUAUUCAUCACUUGGAAGUAUUCCAACUGAAGCAUUUACAUUCUAUAACUAUCCAAAUCAACAUGACAUGGAUGAAGUUUCCUACAAACAAGGCCGUACCGACAACAAAUUCUUGUUGGGUUAUGAUUUCAGAGAGCUACAAAUAACACCUGGUGGGGAUCUUAGCGCCAAUCUUGUUUCAUACUCCAAUGAUACUACCUGUAGUUCAUCACUAAUUAAUAUCAUGAACAACGCUUUAUUUCAAUCAUUUACUGGAAGCAACAAUAUAUUGCUGACAGGUGUAAAGACAUUCCCAUACACUGCAUACCAAGAAAGAAGAGAUAUGAUUCAACCACAAGAAAAUUUCUGGUACUUAUUUAUGAUGUCUUUCUGUAUGGUAUUGUUUGUUGCCAAUGUAGUAUAUGAAAAGGAACAUAGAUUAAGAGAAUCUAUGAAAAUGGCAGGACUCAGAAUGAGAAUCUACUGGUUAGUUCAAUAUUUAUUUAACUUUACAUUGUAUAUGGUUAUUGUUUUUGUAGCAAUUGCAUUUGCUUAUAUUUUGAAAUUUAGAUUCUUUACUCAAACAAGUUUUACAAUUUAUUUUGUAUUAUUUAUUUUGUUUGGAUUGACACAAAUCGCCUUUGCCUUUUUUAUUAGUGUGUUCUUUUCAUCCGUCUAUACCGCUACAGUAGUUUCAUUUAUUUAUAUUAUUUUCACUGCCUUAAGUUCCAAUUUGUUGAACAAUGCAUUCAUUAUGAAUCCAAACACCUCUCUGGUAACUUUUGUACUCACAGGUCUCAUUCCACACGUUGCAUUCCACCGUGCCGUCUCCUAUAUUUCCUUGGCCUACAUUGGUAAUGCACCAGGUUUGACUUGGACCGAUAUCUUUGCUCACCACCAAAUGCCAUCACUCUUUGGAAUGCUGUUUGCCGAGUUCUUGCUGUAUGGAUUGUUACAUCAAUAUUUAGAGAUGGUUAUUCCAUCGGCAUAUGGUGUAAAAUAUCAUCCACUUUUCUUUUUCCAGCCAUCUUUCUGGCGCUCCAAGAUGAGUGGUAAUCUCAUUACUUCCAAUGGUAUUCCAACUGCUACAAAUGGAGGUGACGACAGUACCUUGAACGUAGAUAUGGUUCCACCAGAUGUCUUGGAUGAAAUCCGCUAUACCUAUUCCCGUGAGAAUACUGCUUCCAUCCGUUUGAUGAAUCUAUACAAGAAAUUCAAAGUUGGAAAGAAAACAACUGUUGCAGUAGAUAACUUGACAAUCUCUGUUGAAAAGGGUCAAUGUUUCGGUAUCCUUGGUCCAAAUGGUGCAGGUAAAACAACUACUCUUGCUAUUCUCUCAGGACUCUACUCUCCAACCUCUGGAAAUGCUCUGAUUGCUGGACACGAUAUUGUAAAGAGUUUGUCACGUGCACAACAAUCUUUGGGAGUUUGUCCACAAGAUGAUGUUCUUUGGUCGGAAAUGAGUGGUCGUGAACACCUCUUGUUCUUUGGUAGAAUGAAGAAUCUAGAGGGUAAGAUGCUGGAUGACAUUGUCGACAAAUCAUUGGCUGAGGUGAUGUUGACCGAAGCCCAAGACAAGCCUGUUCGUGAAUACUCUGGUGGAAUGAAACGUCGUCUUUCCCUGGCGAUCUCACUCAUCGGAAGUCCAACUGCAAUCUUGCUUGAUGAACCAACAACAGGAGUCGAUCCAUUCUCACGUAGAAUCGUUUGGGAUGUCAUUUCCAGUUACAAAUCAAAGUGUGCUAUCAUUUUGACAACUCACAACAUGGAGGAAGCUGAAAUACUCUGCGAUAGAGUUUGUAUCAUUGAUAAAGGUUUGAUGAAAUGUAUUGGUAGAAGUGGUGAUUUGAAAACAAGAUAUGGUGCAGGUCAUACUUUAUCAAUUACAACAACAGGACCAUCAACUAUUCAUGAAUUCCUCACCCAAAUCAUUCCAGAUGUGAAAUUGAUUCAUGAAAUAUCAACUACUAGAACCUAUGCAGUUCCCAGACAUGCCAUUAAGAUGUCGUAUCUCUUCAAAUCGAUCCAAGAGAACAAAUCGAAAUACUUUAUUAGCGAUUGGGGUAUUUGUCAAUCUGGACUUGAAGAUGUAUUACUACAAGCUGCAGAGCAUUAG